AUGGAAGUCGAUUCUGUAAAAGAAAUGUUCGCGAGGUCUGAAGAGGAAUUUGGUGUGAAAUAUGGCAAUUACAUAGAUGAUGGAGAUUCCAAGACUUUUAAUGGUAUAUUAACUUUAAAUCCAUAUGACGAUGAUUUUACAGUCAUCGGGCAUGUGCAAAAAAGAAUGGGUAGACGGCUUCGAAAUUUGAAAAAACAAGAAAAACUGGGUGAAAGGGGCAAAUUAACCAAUGUCUUGAUAAAAAAGCUAACAAUUUAUUAUGGCUUAGCCAUUCGGAGAAAUGUUGAUUCAGUUUAUAAUAUGAAGAGAGAAAUAGUGGCAACAUAUAAACAUUUAUUCUCGACAAAUAAAACGCCGAUGCACGAAAAUUGACCGCCGGGUGCAGGGAGCUGGUGUAAAUGGCGCGUAGCUGAAACUACCGGAGCUGCUUUUAACCACCCUGCCCCACUCCAUCCACAUGUUCAAAAACAUUUACUAACCAUAUACAAAAAUUUAUCUGAAGAUGAACUUCUGCAACGAUGUUUGGGCGGGCACUCGCAAAAUGUCAAUGAGAGUUUCAACUCGACUGUUUGGCGUUUGGCUCCAAAGCAUUUAUACUGCGGAAUUCAAACCGUGGAAAUAGCAGCAUAUAUUGCUGCUGGAGUUUUCAAUGAAGGGAAUUAUGCCAUUUUGAAAAUUAUGGAUAUGUUAGAGAUAAGGAUAGGCUUACACUGUAAGCAAUACGCGGAUACGUACGACACCGCGCGGGUAAAGCGCCAGGAUCGAAGAAGCUUCAGCAGCUCGAAAGAAGCUCGAACUGCUCAAAGAGAAGCCAGGGCAGGCCAGUAGCAGUUUUAUGAGGAAACAGAAUGGCUCCUGUAUGGUCCUGGUAUUCUAAUCUAG